CGCUCGACGUCACUAAUGACACGUAUUCAAAAUGGCGGCCGCGGCUAUGGAGACGUGGUUGGCCUUGCUGCUGUUGUCCUUGUUGCCCGUGGGGCGGCCCUUCUAUGUUCCCGGAGUUGCUCCCAGGGACUUCCACGAGGGUGAGACAGUAGAUCUUAAGGCCGUGAAGCUGACCAGCUCCCGGACCCAGCUUCCUUACGAAUACUACUCACUCCCUUUUUGUAAGCCAGAAUCUGUUUUCUACAAGGGAGAGAACCUGGGUGAGGUGUUACGCGGGGACCGUAUUGUAAACAGUCUUUACAAUGUUGAGAUGAACAAAGACAAGAAAUGUGAGAUGAUGUGCAGCAAGAAAGUCCUCAGCAUCAAAGAAAGCAAGCUGAUUGCUGAGCGAAUCCAGGAGGAGUAUUACGUUCACCUUAUUGCAGAUAACCUGCCAGUUGCCACCAGGUUAGAGUUCUACCCAAACAGAGAGGCAGGAGGUGAAGAGGAGCAGAAGAGAAGAGAGGAUGUGGUGAAAGAUGUCCAGUUUGAACAUGGCUACAGACUGGGGUUUGUCGACAACAACAAGUUUUAUCUACACAACCACCUGUCCUUCAUCCUGUACUUCCACCGGGAGAAGGUGGAAGAGGGGGAACUUCACGACUACAGGGUUGUGCGGUUUGAGGUUGUACCCCAAAGUGUAAAAGUGGAAGAUCUGAAAGCAGUGGAAAAAGACAAGACUUGCACCUUGCCAGAGGCCAGUGGCUCUGCACCCCAGGAGGUUGACCCAACCAGGGAGAACGAGGUUCUCUUCACCUACUCUGUCCACUGGGAGGAGAGCGAAGUGAAGUGGGCGUCUCGAUGGGACACUUACUUGACCAUGAGUGAUGUCCAGAUUCACUGGUUCUCCAUUGUCAACUCUGUGGUGGUCGUCUUCUUCCUUUCUGGUAUUCUGAGUAUGAUAAUUAUCAGGACCUUGAGGAAGGACAUCGCUAACUACAACAGAGAAGAUGACAUAGAGGACACUAUGGAGGAGUCUGGAUGGAAGAACGUCCACGGUGACGUAUUCAGGCCGCCUCAGUAUCCUAUGAUCCUCAGCUCUCUGCUGGGCUCAGGGAUCCAGCUUUUCUGCAUGAUCCUCAUCGUCAUCUUCGUUGCCAUGUUGGGCAUGUUGUCUCCAUCCAGCAGAGGGGCCUUGAUGACCACUGCUUGCUUCCUUUUCAUGUUCAUGGGUGUGUUUGGUGGUUUCUUCGCUGGAAGACUGUACCGCACACUGAAGGGUCAUCGGUGGAAGAAAGGAGCUUUUUGUACGGCGACUUUGUAUCCUGCAGUGGUUUUUGGAAUUUGCUUCAUCCUCAACUGUUUCAUCUGGGGAGAACACUCCUCUGGAGCGGUUCCCUUCACCACAAUGCUGGCUCUGCUGUGCAUGUGGUUUGGUAUCUCAAUGCCCUUAGUCUACCUGGGCUACUACUUUGGCUUUCGCAAACAGCCAUACGAUAACCCGGUGCGCACCAAUCAGAUCCCUCGGCAGGUCCCAGAGCAGCGCUGGUACAUGAACAAGUUUGUUGGAAUCCUGAUGGCUGGGAUCCUCCCCUUUGGGGCUAUGUUCAUCGAGCUCUUCUUCAUUUUCAGUGCCAUCUGGGAGAAUCAGUUCUAUUAUCUUUUCGGCUUCCUGUUCCUGGUGUUCAUCAUUUUGGUGGUGUCCUGCUCUCAGAUCAGCAUCGUCAUGGUUUAUUUCCAGCUCUGUGCAGAGGACUACCGGUGGUGGUGGAGGACUUUUCUGGUUUCAGGAGGCUCAGCUUUCUACGUCCUUGUUUACGCUGUGUUCUACUUUGUCAACAAGCUGGACAUUGUGGAGUUCAUCCCCUCUCUCUUGUACUUCGGCUACACAGCCCUGAUGGUGCUGUCGUUCUGGCUGCUCACAGGCACGAUUGGUUUCUACGCAGCCUACAUGUUCAUCAGGAAAAUCUACGCUGCAGUCAAGAUCGACUGAGUAGUCACCGCCGCUGCUGUUUUUUGGGGGUUUUGUUUAACUUUUUUCCCAUUUCCUUUUGUUUCGUUUUUUUAAUAUAUAUUUUUAUCAUUCAUGUCGAACAAGCACUGACUUGUGUUAAUAGGGAACAAGAGGGGUGUUUUCAUGGUGCAACAGCCCAACCCACUGGCGUCACGGGGAAGAACAGCCUGUGGCAGAGCUAAACCAGCUGUCUCUCUCUCUCCCCCCUUCCUCGCUUCUCUGACCCUCCUCUCCCCAGGACAGAGGCUCAGAGGCGAUUCUCCUCUGAUGCGACAGUUUAUGUCUUCUGCUGUUUCACCUUGCACACAACACAGUGGGCCAAAGCUUGUCUAACGUUGGUUUCUGCACAUUUUCGUCUCGUCUUUUCGUUUUCUGACUCCCAACUUAUCUGGGUUUUUUACUUUUGCCAUCCCAGAAUUUAUCUCUGACUUCCUUUCUCACCGCCAUCGUCAUCUCCUGUGAAGUUAUUUUCAUCUGACGUCUUCACAUACAUUUUUUCUUUGCUUUAUCCACUGUUUCAAAUGUGGAGGAGACUGGAUAGAUGGUGGUAGGAUCCGAGAGUGUAUUGUGGUUAUGGUGUUGACUUUGUUUUGUCUUAAUCAUAUGGAUGGCAAAAUUGUGCUGGGGAAUCCUACCUUGUAACGAAAGGAAGGAUAAAUUAAAUGUUCUUUUAUUUUUUACUUCAAUUUCCAUGUCCUGGUUUGACCAUGUUACCCACCUCUGUAAUCAAAUAUUAGCUUCUUUCUCCAAAUCAAAGGGUCUUAUUUUAAAGUCAAAAUACUGGUCCAUUGUUUAAAUGAUAUACCAUAGCUCUGAAGCCAAUGCUCUGAAGCAGCGAAUUGAAGCCACUGGAUUGGGAGAACAGAAAAGGCUGUGGUUUACACGGCAACGACAAGGAUACAACACAAAGCCCAGUUUGAAGCUUUUGCAGUUGUUACAUACAGAACGCUCAUUGAAGCGGUCCGUCUGUACCCUGAGUAUCGCUUGAUGCCUGCUGAACUAUGCAGCAAAGGAGGGAAGAGCAGAAUCGCUGGCUGUGGUGCCUGUUUCAAAGAACCGCUUUGUCGGGAAAAUUCAUGUUUGAAACUGAUGUACGAGGCAUUUUGUGUGUCAUCAACAGCGAGAUCACCUGUGUGUCUCUAGCAGACGGAUUCUGACAGUGCCCUGGUGUCAUCAGAUGAGCUUUGAAAUGUCAUCCAACAUGUUCUUAUCAGCGUUGUAUAGCCGAGGUCUUUGCGUAGAUCCAUAACUCAUCCUUGCAUCGUGCACUUUUCCUUUAUUUUUCAGCUGAAAGACUUAAAAUGUAUGGAGCCUGAUAAAAUGUGACUUUACAAGCUGCUCUAGUUACGGUUUCUCAUUGGCAAUCAAUCUGUUAGCUUAGCAUAAAGACGGGAGAUGGGCUGAACAGCUAAUCUAGGCUGGGUAAAAGUAACAAAAUCCAAUCACUGGUAGUGCAAAUGCUAACAAAUUUAUAAAAAGAAUGUUCUAUCUCUUGUUUAAUCAACCUGAUGUAUCUUGUCAUGUCUUGGCUCUGCUCAGUGACUGAGAAGAUGGUUUUUAUUUAAAUUAGGAAAGUUUGAAGAUGCUAGACAGAGCCAGGCUAGCUGUCCUCUUCGCAGCCUUAAUGCUAAGCUAAGCUAAUCGGUUGCUGACUAGCUUCAUUUUUAGCAUGAGAGUGACACCAGUCUUCUCAUGUAACUCUUUGCGAGAAGUGUAUUUUGGAGAAAUGUCAAAUAGAUAUUCUCGUGACGACUCAGUUGAAUUCCACUGCUCUGUAAAUCUCGACUCUGUCUCUGCUAACAGGUGAGACGGGUCCUGCAGAUCACUGGCUCACUGUGGCAGGUUACUAGUUGUUGUUAGAGGCCAAGAUGUCAGUGCUUAUUCAAAGACAAUACUCUAAAGACUGAAUGUUGACACAGACCCAGGAAGUACAUGUUUUUAUCUCCUUCUACACAAAUGCAUCUUUAAAAUUGAACCAAGCUGAGCGCUCACAACAUGUAGCAUCAGUCCUUGAGCCCCUCCCCAUCUAUUGGACUUUGUCACAGACUUCAUGGAGAGCAUCAGAUGGUCUUAGUGAAGAAUUGAAGCUUCACUCGAUCUGUUUUUUUGUUAGUUUUUUCAAUAUACCGGUGGCAGGUGUUUUUGCACAGAAGUAAAGGUGACAUGUCGUUGUGAGGCUUUACAGAGAAGGAACAGGUGCCUGCAUCAACCCUGAUUCUCCAGGGCUAAAUAAAGAAGGAAUGAAUGCCUCAUCCCCCCCGAGCCCUCCCCCCCUGUCAUUAACACCUAACGAGCGGCUUGAAGAGAGCGAGACGUUGCCAAAAAUAUUUAAGUUCCCCCUGCCACUUGCUUCGAGACACACCAGCCUCUACUCAAAUGAGUGCAUUCCUGUAACGACCAUGACUGCCCACAUCGUCUGACAGCAUCAUCUCUGUACCACUGUUCCACCCUCUGUAUUAUGUCAGAGUCACUGAGCUCUGACAAUCGAGCUGCUGUUUUUGGCAGACACGGCUCUCCUGCUGUUUGGAAGUGCACACGACAGGGGAGACUUUUUUUACAGACAGACUUUAACGUUGCCCGAGUCAUGCGUACGUAUGUGUGAUCGCGGGGUUUACGAUGUAAAUAAUAGAACAUGGCUUUGUAUUUGUUUGCGUUUGGCUGUUUGUGGCACUCUAUAAUGAUUCCUAUCAUCGUUUUAGCCAAAAGCAUGACGCUCAUGAUGACUUUGAAAGGAACCUGUUUCUGUUACUUCUCUCUGUGUUGCUUUUACAGAAUGUACAAUAACAAAAUGUACAAUGACAAAAACAAUAAAGUAAUGACAAGUUGAAUAUGAAGAAGA